UCUAACCCAGCAGAGGUGUGCAGCGGACAGCAGAGCAACCACCGCGACAUACAGCACCACCAGCAGCAGCAGACAAAAUAAUUGCGGCCACAAAAGAACGGAAGUCCUGCCUCCUUGACCCUCUGCACUGAAUCCCGAUUGUAUCUGCAACAGCAACAUCAACUGCAACAGCAACAGCAACAGCAACUGCUCAACUGCCAUCGCAAUGCCGUGUUGGAGUGACCCAGCAGCAACCGAUUGACUGGCCGACUGACAGCAGAGCAUCCUUAUUCAUUACAUGUCCUGGCCGCCGUCCGCUCGCAGGACACGGAUGUGUGGAGCAGCAUAAUUAGCCACAGAACUGGGCGGGAGUGGACAGCAAAAAUUGGAAAUCCAAUUAGCGACGUCAGUUUCAGGACUGCUAAUCCAUUAAUUUCGGGCCAUCAACAACAACAUUCGGCAAAAAGGCGUUUCUCUACAGCCAGCUCAAAAACAAAAAAGGAAAAAAAAACAGGAAAAUCGGGAAAAUUUAACACAGAAAAAAGGGAAAGCACUUUCCCUGCGCUGUGUGAGUGCGUCGGUGUGCCGCCGCUGUGCGUGCGAGUGCGUGUGCGUGUGUGUGCGUGUGUCCUGAUAACGCGAGCCUGGCGCUGACAUCACUUUCACUCGGAGAAGCAACUGAGGAGGCCAACCUGGAACCCGGGAAGCUGCCAGUCGAGUCAGUCGAACGAGUUGUGCACGGCAACAAAAUCAAUUAAACUACCAAUACGACAACCGCCUCAAGAGCAACAACAAAGCUGCCAAGAGCCAAUUAUCGAGGAAAAGCCAAGGGAAAGCCAAGGAGCAAGAGCCCAGCCAAGAUGUUCUCCAUGUGCACCAAGGUGAAGUCGCGGAGUGCGGAUGCGGACGGCUCGUUCAUGCAAUCGCAGUCGCAGUCGCAGUCGCAGCAGAUGCAGCAGCUCCAGCUGCAACAGCCCCAGGCGAUGGGAACUGGCGGGAAACAAAUCAAGGGCGGCUACCUACUGCGCUACAAGAAGCAAAUGUUCUGGAACCGCUGGGCGGAGGAGUGGGUGGUGCUGUACGAUGACUCGACCAUGGCCUGGUUCACGGAGCCGGGCCGCUCCUCGCCGACGGGCAAGAUCCUGGUGAAGGAGGCACCGGAGAUGCUGGCCAUCGCCCACUGGACCGGCCAGAUUCCGCGUCGUCCUCCGCUCCCCGCGGGCGUGAAUGUGUCCCAGCUGAUUGCCCUCGGAUCGCAGAGAAAGCGCUCCAAGGUUUACUGGAUGCUGGCCAAGUCGGAGCAGGAGGUGAGCGACUGGAUCGAUGCGAUUACCAAGACCCUCCCACCGCCUCCCCAAAUCGAGCUGGUGGUGGACAAGCCGCACCUGAUGAACGUGCUCCGACGUCCGCUGGUGCGCAUUAGACCUGCCACCCAGUCGGAGGUGAAGCAGCGCAAGGCGGCGUCGCAUGGAGCCAGCGGGAGCAAGCACCACCACUGCUCCUCGGCGAUGACCACGAAGCUGUUCCGGCAGACGCAGAACCCGCUGGUGAAGAGCGACGCGGCGGUGGCCAUCCUGAGCAAGAAGCCGGACUCACGGGCCUCGCUGGCCUGCGCCUUGCCUUGGGGCCACGGAUGGGGAUGGGCCACACUGCCCAACGGAGUGUGGAGCGGCGGGCUGACCUGGUCGCAGUGCGAGGACACCUUCACCCUGCACGCCCUGCCCACCACCCACUGCACCAACCUGAUCGACACCUCCUGCAGCGGGGCCGUCUACCACACGGACAUCGGCGGCUUCGACUUCCACUCCUCGGGCGUGGACGACAUCGGAGGCGAGGACUUCGACUACGCCAUGGACUGCGGCGACUUCAUAUUCUAAACUCCCUCCAGCGAGCGCUCAGCCAAACACCCACCCGUCGGCGGGCAGGACGAAAGAGUCUUCGUCCUUGCCCCGCGGACCCUGUCUUCGAUCGGAAGGAGCUCAGCAACUGGUAGUCGCUUGGGUAGUAUUAAUGUUUAACCGUGCUUUCGUUACCCUCUGAGUGUUAGGUGUUGCUAGGGAGGAAGGAGAGCUUCCCAGUAUUGCGUAUACGCCCCAUUGUCCUUGUCCCAGUCAGGUUGACUUCCCCACUCCCCGCAUCCAUCAUCGUGCUCAACUUUGUGCAUUGCCCCAUUUGCGUUAAGCAGUUAAACUGCGAAUACAAACGUAAUUACGCGCGGUUUUCCUACAUAUUUUCCUCAGUGUGGCAGAGUAUGUACAAGUAUGUGUAUAGCUGUGGCCAAAGUAAUAGUUGUGACACCUUGUCUAAAGUUGAUUCCCAAAAUUGUUACUUUUUUAACAAGCAGUCAAACGCAUUUUACCUUGCCAUCAAAAGGGAAUUUUUGAAGGCAAGUGCGGAAAUUAAAAGUCAAGUUUACCAAGUUUAAUUUUCAGAAUGUCUCUGGUUUGUUAAAAAAAUGAGACAGCUGCGUUAAAAUCAAUAAGUUGGUUUCAUGUUAAACUAUAUUUUAAAGUGACAGUAGAAAAAUAUUCUUAACAAUUUGAGUAUUGAAUUCUUUCAUAGUUUAACUUUAUUGUGAGGUACUAUAAAAUAAUACGUAUACUUGUUUUAAAUUAGCCUUCUCACAAAGUACAAAACACUAAAAUUUUUUCAAAAGUAAUUUUGCAUUUUUCAAAAAGUAAUCCGGGUGCCACAAUUAUUUCUAAAGGCGCGCCGCUGUAGCCGCAUCUCGAACUCUAUCAGAUCCAUGUGUAUCUGCGUAUCAACCACAUAUGCGUAUGUAUAUGUUGUGCCACACGCUCGCCAACCGACAACCCACCAACCCACCAACCAGUAACCACUAACCACAACGCCCCAACCACAUUCAGCCAUCGCAGUCGCUGUUGCAACCACAAGCAUUUGAAAUGCGAAAAUAUUUUUGCAUCGCGCAUAUAAGUAGGCUACAACAUAUUUUGCACUCGACGAGCAAACAAAUUACAAAUUACAAUAAAUAAUGCAGACAAGACGAAGCGACAACUAAAUUAAAAACGAGAAAAACAACCGCAAGAGAUUGAAAUACUUUUGUGUAUUUUGAGACUUUUGAAAUUUAUAUUGAUGCAAUUUGUAAUGAAAACACUUUUCAAAUUGUUUUGCCAUAAUUUUCUAGAAUUUUUGAAAUCGAUAGUAUUAACCGCAAGCCCCCAAGUCCAAAGAAGAAGUCCCCAACCCCCGGCGAUCCCCGCAAGAACCCAUUUUUGUGUGCAAAUUUUUGAAACAUUUAUACAGAUACAGCGCGCGUAAAUUAAGUCAGUCGAAAAAUCGAUAAAUGUUUAAUAUAAUUGUGCAAAGGCAAAACAAAGCGGAAGGCCAACGCAGAAUUUUAAAGCGGAGCAUAGCAGUUUUUAUAUAGCAUGUUAAACAGAAAUGACAGUAAACAGGAAAACCAGGUAAAUAACUCACGUAAUUAAGAGCGGUAAAACGAACUCUAGUCGUAACAACCCACACACACACACACACACACAUCCGCAACGAACACACAAACAGAGACACACACAAUUACACCGAACCCGAACCCGAACCCUAGUGUUAGUCGUAGCACUUAAGGCAUGGCAUCCGAAUGUCAGUUUAGUUUACGAAACUAACUCUCACAGAUCGACAUACCCACCCGUACUGAUGUAAAGUUUAUAAAACAAAAUGAAAAACCAAAUGUAAAACAAAACAAAACAAAACAAAAAACCAAAACCAAAACCAAGCGAAACAGCAGAGACAAGUUAGCAACCCAGGAAAAUGGCAGAGCAAAGCCGGAGACGAGCAAUUAGCAGUUAAGAGCACACAUUCGAAUUUCGAAAUCACAGCGGAGCCGGGAGAAAGGCCAUCGCCGAGUAUCCCCAGGUUCACCCACUUCAUCCCACAUCGAUACGAUACGAUUCGAUUCGAUUCAAUUCGUUUCGAUUCAAUUCGAUUCGAUUCGAUUUUGAAUUUGAAUUUGAUUUAAAUUUAGAUUUUGAGGAACUUUCGACACUAUUUGUGCGGAAGGGAAACGCCGCUACGGACACCUUGAGAAACAGUAACUGUAAACGUACAUUAGGCAUAUAGAGAAUCUAGGCUAAGAUAAGUCGGAACGAGAAGGUAUAUAGUGUGUGUGUGUACUGUAAGAACGUAGGAACGUGCAGGUUUUCAAAUGUUGCAUGCCGCGCAUAGGCGUAGAGCUAUAGCAUAGAAUCGCGAAAUAUUAUGUAAAAUACGGGUAAGAGGACACUUCGAGUCUCCUGCGCAUCUGUUGCAUGUCCUUGUAGGCGCGAGUAUACUUAUAUAUUACUGUGUUUACUAUAUGUACAACAAUAACCAAGAGCAAAGCUGCGCGGAAUGAGGAGAAUCAAGCGCAACCGAAACAGAAACCAGAAACAGAAACCAGAAAUGGAAACAGAAACCUUAAACCUGAGCCUUCAGCCUUAGCUAUCACGCCCAUCGCCCACCAUCGCCUACUAGUCCUUAUAGUGUCUAAAUAUCCACGUUUGUGUGCAUGUAUACAAUACCUAUAGCUAUAUAGUCGGGAUACGCGUCGAACGGCAGGAGCGAGCUGGGCGUCGGAGGAAGAUAUACACAUAGAACUCAUAUAGAACCCGCCACAUAACGUAACGUAACGUAAUCGUAAUCGUAAACGUAAACGUAAACGAAAUGUAGACUAAAAGACUUAAGCAAUUGUCGUUUAGACGUUAAAUUAGAGCGCAUUGAAUGUUGGCUUAUAGUUCUAGAUACAGAAGCGAACCAGGAGCGGCGUGCGUUUAGGAGCGUUUAGGAACAUAUUAAGGAUAUCCUCACCACAGUGUUUUAGUCUGAAGCCUAGUCCGAACAAAUCGAAGAGCCAGCGAGCGGGGCGAGUAAUAAAAGCGAGUCGAAAAUGCGAAAACCAAACUAAAACCUAAUGAAAAACGAAAACAAACGUAAACGUAAAAGUUAAAUCAACCUUGGACAAUCACGCAUACGCAUGUAGGAAACCGGAUUAAAUAAUGUAUGUAAAUUGUUUGGGCCUCGGGUCGGCGACGCAGCUCGUGUGCCAUAGUCUUAGCACGUCCAGCACGGGUCCUCCAGGACUCCGUGAACUCAACUAAUCUACCCACACAAAGCACACACGACGCGAUGCGAUUCGAUUCAAUUCAAUCCGAUUCGAUUCGAUUCGAUUGAGGGCUCGAGCCAGGUCAAGCUUCAAUUAGGUGUCAAUCCCCCUCGCUCUUCAGUUAUGUAAACCGAGAAGUAUUUUUGUAAACUUUAUUAAGAACACCGAAAUCGAAAUCGAAACAGAAACCGAAAAAAAAAAGAACAAAAACAAAACUAAGAAACCAAAGCAAAGCGCAAACGUAAACGUAAAUAUGAACAUGGAUGUUUUAAAACCAAAGUUAAGCAAACGUAAAACAAAAGUAUACUUUAGAGGCAAAUUUUUGUAGAAUAAUUGUACACGUAAACUGCAUUUCCGAUGUUAGCUGAACAACCGUAUAUAGUAUGUAUAUACACACCCACCCACUGGUAGGUGGGUGUGUGUGUGUGUGUUGAGCAAGACACACCCGUUUUUAUUGUGCUGCGCAUUUUCAGCGGGCGGCUGAACUGUGAAUAGUUUACCUUAGGUAGCGUGGCAUCGCGUGUUAACCGCAUUUGAUGUAACCGAAUUAUGAAAUUGUAGAACUAGAGCCCAGUCGGAAAUCGCUGGCAAGUCGUUGUGGAGAUCGCCAUCGCCUCCGUCAUCGCCAUCGCCAACGCCGUCGCCAUUGCGAUCCGCAACCGGAAGCGGAAGCUGGCCUCCCGCCAUCCGGCCGUCUUGGCAGGCGUUGCGCAUACGCCCCGGCGACCCAAACGCAACCGCAACCCACAAUUAGGCUAGUAAGUUCGCGUUGUUUGUUAUCAGUGUCGUUGAUGUUGAUGUUGAAAUUGAAAUUGCCGUGUCAUUGUUAAACGUACUCAAGUUGUAAGCCGACCGCGAUCGGAAUUAGCUGUUUUCGGUAACCAGAGAGCGCAAGCAGGGCGGCAUCAAUCGACCCACGCAGAGAUUAUACAAAUUAUACAAGCAAGCAAAUAUAUACAUUACAUAGGUGUGCUAGUACCCGACCCGAAUCCGUACCCGUACCCGUACCCCGAACAUGCCAAUAUACAACAUCGGUGUAAGAAGCUGCGGUCGGGACUUCGGCUCGAACCAACUGAAAGUGUGAAGAAGUUUUAAUCCGCCAGCGCAGCCUUGCCAAAGACUCUCCCCGAUCCCCGAUCCCCGUCGAGUUUCCCCCCGAUCAGUAAUUAGCGAAGUACUACGUAAUUCUAUAGAUGUGUAUGUGUCUAUAAAUAUAUUUUGUAGACGCUCACUCGCCAGACGCCGCCGAGCUCGAAAAUCACUGGCUUAGAGCCAACCCAGGAAGCCAUCGGCCAUCGGCCAGAAGCGCAGAUCUUUUCGUGCGGCAGGUUCAGGUUCAGCCCACUCAAGCCAAGAGCGACUGCUGCCACUCUCUUGGCUUCUUGGCCAACUCGGCAAACUAAGAGAGACGCUGGCACGCUCUCAAAUGGUUUCAAACCGCAGCCCAAACAAGCGAGCACUGUAUGAAUAAUUAUUACGAAAACGAUGAGCAAAUAGACGCUAAGCGACCAGCAAGAAGUCAUUAAACGAACCAGCCAUCGAGCGAAUAUGAAAGCUCAAAUGCUCUGCACCAUUAUAAUUUUAUUUAAGCCAAUAAUAUUUGUCACGAAUUAUAAUAAUUUAAACAGACUUCAAUGAAUAAUUUGUGUUUCUUAUAUCCAAACCAAAAUUGUAACACAUUAAGAGCCUGUCACAAGUUAAGGACUAAAAGACCGAAAAACUAUCUAAAUUGAUAAGCGGGCUCUUGUCAUUUUGUUUGAUGUAUUCAAAAUUGUAUUUUAUUAAGCUAAUAACUAUUUUAAGAUGUAUUAGAACAUUUGUAUUAGGAAUACAUUUAAGACCUCCCUAACCACGCUUAACUAUGAUUUAUUGUGCUUUGGCAACCGAAUGCCAAAAAUACCAUACACCUCAUCCAAGUUCGAUUCGAUGACUUCAAAGGGGGAUGAUCAAGAGUGGAAGGCGGAAAACAUCUGCGAAGCGUCAGCGUUGAUAAAUGUAAAACAAAAGCAAAUAAAGUUUAGCAACAACAUCUGAGAGACAGAAAAAAACAGCCGUCGAGCGAUAAA